CAUAGAACAGGACGGUAGACGAUGAUUGAAGAGGAUUUUUUUAUACACUUUUUUUGUGUAUAUUCAGCAUUGAAAAGUCUGUUAUAUAUUGGCAGAUUUAUUGGCUACUAAGCGCUGACAUUCAUUUUACUGUACAAUUAGUUUUGUGGAUCUGAAAGUAGUUUAUAGUCUACAGCAUUUUCUGGAUUUUGGAAACGUACACAUUAUUUCAGUACAAUUUGACAAAGAAAAUGCCUGCUAUGCCAGAUGACCAGGAAGUAGACUACUUUCAGUCUCAAAGUCAAGAAGAGUGUUAUAAUUGUAGAGUUCAAGUUCCUUUGUUUCCCCAAGUAAAGAGGUGUUAUACUGAAGAUGGGAAGCCUUUGGUGGUAGACAUUGGUGUAAAGUGUAAAGGAAGCAAAGAAGAGAUUAGAGAACUGGAGAAAGCUGGUUUCAGAGUAGAAGGCAAUGGGACAGUCUACAUAUUCGGUGAUGACAUUCCAAACAUGCAAAACGUAUAUUUUAGGGAGCCAGUUACAACUACUGAAGAUUCAUUUGAUGACGGGGAGCAACCUGAAAAAGGGAGUGAGUUGACUGUUCACUUGGAUGAGACAGAUUACAGUGAGAAAAAGCCAACAGAACCCUUAAGCGAACAACACAAUGAAUCACAAGACGAACGCAGCACUAUUAUUGAAGAAGCAACAGUCGUUGAGCAUGAGAAAUCUUCCCUAGUGAUAGCAUCUCCAAAUUUCAACUGUCUUUCUGCCUCCACUUUUGACCCAUCAUACGUGGACAACAGACAUGAGAAGAGCAUUCCAUUAACCACGCAUUCACGGCAAGUGAACUCAGAGUCUCAAGAUGCGAGUCUCGGAAAUAACAAAGCCAGUGGAAGAAAGGUUACCGGAGAUCCUCAGAAUUCAAAAGGAGAAAGUUCUCAGCAACAAAAUCAAGAACAGCAGAAGCAAAAACAACAGGAGCAGCCUACCACUGGUGGGGAUUGUAGUGAUGUUAGUGGUUCUGGAGAUGCUGGUGAUGAACGGAGAGAUGAUGAAGACGGUGGACGGAGAAGAGGUAAUGGAGAUGGAAGAAAAGACCAAUCUUCUACACAAGGAGAGGAGGAGGUAAAGGAGGAAGUGGAGGUGGAGGAGGAGGAGGAGGAGGAGGAAAAAGGCACAGAGGAAAAGGAGGAGAAAGACACAGAGGAAAAGAUAGUGGAGGAAAAGGAAGAGAAGGACAUAGAGGAAAAGGAUGAGGACGAGGAACAGCAGCAGGAGAAUCUUAAUAGUCCAGCAUACAUUUCAAAGUGUCUGAAGGCAGUUAUGGAAUAUGCAAGAGAUCAAAAAAAUGGUGUAUGUAAUCAGCCGACAGAAUUUACCAGACGAGGUGACUGCUUUCUGAAACAUUUACAGCAGUGUCAUCGGGGACACACUGCAUGCAAGAAUUGCCAUUUUAUCUUGUAUACUUUUGAAGAUCUUGUGUCAAGUACACCAGAUGCUUUCCCAUUUUACAAGGAUUAUGAAAGAGCAAGAAACAAAGAAGAAAGGCUCGAAAUUAUAUUAUUAUGGCUAUUAAAGAGUCUUCCAGAGAAGAAACUACAGAUGGAAGCAUGUUGCGAAAAUCUCAAGAGAAUGCGUUUCAGCAGUAGUCAGGGGGCACGACCCAAGAAAAAGUUCAAACAAGCAGGGAGUAGCAAUAAAGCUAUGGCCAUGGAAACUACUCCUUCCCCAGACAUCGACCCAGUGGGAAUUGGUAUAUUUCCCGGUCCUAGAGGUGGUCAUGUGUUGAACCGUCGACCAUCAGGUGUUACUUAUGGCGAUCAGGAAACAUGCCGUAACAAAAUUUGUGAUUGGAUUCAAAAUCAUGAUGCAACUGAUGGUGAAACCAAUGAUGGUGUUAUCUUUAAUAGAGAAUUAACUCCAAGUUGUUGCUAUUAUAGACCAGGUAAAGAAUUUCAUAAAAUGCAUCGCCUUGGCUCUGGUAGUUUUGGAGAGGUCUUUUUAUGUUUCGAUGAAGAAACAAAGAAACAUUUUGUUUGCAAGUUUGUUCCCUUUGAAAACUUUGAGGUGGAUGAAACCCUCAUCUGGAUGAGGUUAGAGCACCAAUACAUCGUACCUCUGUGGGGUGUUGUUCGCCAUGGCAGCGUCAUCAUGAUGCUCAGUAAAUACAUCCCAUGUAGACCGUUGUCUAUUAUGAACGAUGAAGUUCCUCGCUCCGAUCGUAAUAUCGUAAAGUGGAUCAAGCAACUUCUGUGCGUCUUGGAAUAUAUCCACUCCAUGAACAUUGUCCACAUGGAUAUAAAACCUGCUAACAUUCUACUGACGUAUGAUGAUGAUAUUGUUCUCAUUGACUGGGGUUUGGCCAUGGAACUUAACAACAAUGGUCAGCAAAUAGUUUCAAACCCAAGAGGAACAGCGCAGUUUAUGGCACCUGAAGUCUGCCGAUGUGAAGCAUUCAAUGCUACCAUCGAUGUUUGGAGUACAAUUUGCUCGGCUAUCAACCUGUUCACUGGUAGUCCACCAUGGAUGAAACGUUUCCCAGGUUUAAAAUCUUACGUGUAUCUUGUUGGAACAAGACCCCCUCCUGUGGAAGACAUUCCAGCGUCUUUAGAUCCCGCUAUCAGGGGUUUCCUUAUAGAAGGUUUUGGAGAUAAUGACACAAGGCCAACGGCUUCUCAACUCCUGGGACAUCCAAUGUUUGAUUUGGAUAAUUUAAGAAGGUAUACUACUUCCAUGUAUGAAAAUAUAAAUGAAGGGUUGGAAGAUGUAGAAAUGGACACUGAAAGAUUUCCAAUACCCCCUCCUGAUUCAUUACAAGAUCUUGAUACGUCUUGUAUUUUGGAACCUCUUCGACAAGAAGAAAAUUCACAUCCAGUAGAUGUGGGAGAUUGCGAGAUUAAUCAGAUGUCACCAGCACAAGUCCUUGAAUGUUCUGGUGACAUCAACCAGGUGUCACUAGCACAACGCUGCAGUUGCAGCCCUUAUGAUGGUUCCCAACGGCUUGAUAAUCGUACUUUCUUGCGCCCUCUUGGACGAGCACCAACUCCACCAACAAUUCGACCCCAAGAUCUGCCAAUUCCACAGGGAAAAUACACUCAAGGUGGUUACCCAGAGUUAGAUGAUGUCACUGUCAAAUUUAGCAACCUGGAUGUCGAUGAUGAGCAGAUUGACGAUGAGGAUCUCUAUGGGCCAGGACCUGAAAAAGAACCAGAACCAGAGCCACAUUCAGAACUAUCUGAUAGCCCAGGAAUGCCUGCUACACCAAGAUCAUCUGACAGAUCCUUCAGAUGUGGAACAUCAGGAUCAACAAGUACACCAGUAGUAACACCUGACAGACGCUCCAGUUCUCAAUCAAGUGUUUUUGGAGAUUUAUUUCAGUGUCUUCCAUCGACACCCGACUAUGAACCUACAGCAUCUGCAAGUGCUGCUAGUUAUCGCAAGCAGCAGAGUUUUUCCAACAGUUCACAACAACUCAGUUAUUUGGAAAGUUUAUAUUCAGAAUUAACUUUCCAAUCAAUCCCUUUUCAAGCUGAACAGCUGCAGAUUGAAAAUACCACCUCUGGAAUCGGAACAGCGUCAGGAAACCAAGUAGGAAACCUUCUUACCACCCAAGGUAUAAGAGAACCUGUUCCACGUAGCAGAACAGAAUCACAAAGCAGCAGAAAUUCUUCAGGUACUUACAUUAACGUGCAAGUGUUUGAUGAACAAGUCCGAGUUGUUAAUUCUGCUACAAUGACGUAUGGGGAGCUGGCUAAAGGCAUAAGCUCUAAGGUCUUUGGAAUAUUUGGGAAAAAUGGUAAACCAAAUGCGAAGUUCAUACUACAAGACCAGGCAGGGAAUACCUUUGACGUGUACGCUAAAGUAGAUCCAACUUGUGAAAUCGUGGUAGUGGAGGCAAGCCAAGACGGUGAAUGGCAGUGGUGCAUUUCGCCUGAUGGCCUGGAAGAUAAAUAUUAAGUGUAUGGUGAAGAUGACAAGUGGAGUUGAAUAAAGGUCUCCCUGUAAUAUAAGACCCUUUCAAUUAAAGACCAAUUAAAGACCACAUUCCUGUGUUCCCAAAUUAACCGAUGUCUUUUAUCUUUAUUAUUCUAAUUAGAGACCAAAGCUGCUAAAAACCAUGUAAACCCCAGACUCAAAAUUGGUCUUUUAUUUGAGGGGUAGAACCUCCUUGGUGGUCAAGAUUAGGGUCCUGGGUUCAAUUCCUGCCUCUGUAACAGGAUGUUUCCUCAUGACCAAGCAAGCUCCACUCCAUAAUCCUAAUAAUGAGACUUAGUUUAUGUAGAGCAUCUUGUUUCUGUGUUUGUCAUGUGAAAAGGAUUGCCACUUAGUAAAGAGAUUUUAUUCACUUUACUAAGUUCGCUUUUUGCAUAUCCUUGGCCCUGAGCAUAAAAUUUAAAUAAAUGAUAUUUAAAAAAAAAUAUCUUUGUAUGAUAGUAUUGCUGCUUUCAUGAUACAGUUAAACUUGCCUAAGUUGACUGUGCCUAAGUCAAAUAAUUUCUAAUACGAUCAUAUUUUACAUACCAAAUUAUUGUGUUUUCCAUUAAUUAACAAUCUGUAAGUUGAAUUUUAUUAAAGUUGAACAAUAUUUUAGUGGCAUUUUGGAUUUGACUUAGGCAAGUUCAACUGUAUAUUGUAUACAUUUUUCUAUAGAAAAGACAGAAUUACGUUCAUUGAUUUUUCCUGUAAAAGGUCUUUCAGCACUUGGCAUUUUUAAGACCAAUAGAUCAAAAGCAAUUAGAAGGGGAGAAACAUUGAACAACAAAACAAACAUUUACCGUAGUUCACUGAGUAAAAGGCCAUCUUGGGAUGGGGUAUACUCCCACCCCAUACUUUACUGCCUAUACCCGAAGAACUACAGUAAUUUAUAACAUUUAACAAAAAAAAAAAAGAAAUUGGUUUCUCAUACGUCACAGGAAAGUUUAACUGUUUAACUGUCUAUGUAUUCCUUUUGAAUGUGAAUUUCUGUACUUAAAUUACAAACUGCUAUACAGUGUAUAAUCCAUGUACUUAGAAAAAAUGAGGGAUAUGCUAAUUUGUGACUGAUGCACAGCAUAUUUGAACUAUCCUACCUGAUCAUCUUAAGUAAUAAUAUACUGCCCUCAAGCGCCUGUAGAGACCAGCUAGCUCAGUCGGCUAACCCAGAGGUAGCCACUGUGUGUGCGCUGAACCGUGGAGAUCUUUAGGUCACCAGUUCAAUUCCCAUCACUGCUCUCCUUGUGUUUCAGCUUGGAGGGCUAAAAUGCAAGUUUCAAAAGUGCACCAUCUUUGAGAUGAGACAUUUAAGUCGUAGGUCCUGUGUGCAAAAUGUCCCACGUGCACAUAUUGUGGGUUAUUCUUGGUGUGUAUCGCACCAUACGAAUUCAACCCAAUCCUAAAAAAUCAACACAAGACAUAGUUGUUUAUUUGUUUGUAGCGUGGGGCAUUAAGGGGGUUACGACGAAACGCCCAAAAACUGGAGAAAGUCUGCAUUUAAAAACGAAAAUAUUGAUAUUCGUAGAUAUAUUUACAGUGUUCUCCAGAGUAUCGGAGAUCAUGCAAGCCAAAGGGUCCACUGUCCACUGAAACGAACCUCCCACAAAUUAAGUCACGCUACAGGUAAAUGCAUUUAUGUUUGUAUAAAGAAACCUGAUUAAAAUAAAAAUCUCUGGUACUUAAUGGAUUAAAAGUUUGAAAGGAGUUAGCAUAUACAUGUAGGCAUGUAUGCCACUUUAAAUCUAUGUAUCAUAGACUGUAGAUCAAAAUCCUCAACAAUACUUUAACUGUAAUUGGUAAUGACAUUGUAAAUUAAUUGCUUAUUCUUAACAUACAAUAAUUGGUACCCAAGCAUAAGUGAAGUCAGAGUGUGUAUGAAUUUAUUCCUAAAAAUGAACAGAUAUUGUUGAAAUCGGUUGUACAAUUUUAAUUCAAUUUACAUUAACAUGUAAAAGCAAUACAAACAAAAAUGUGUUCAAUUAUGGUUUAUUUUUUUUUAUUUAGUAAUCCUGUGAUAAUUGUAUAUCAUUAGUCAAUUUACAAGAUGCAUACUGUAAUUCAUUGACAGUUCUCAUAUUGGUCUUAAGCCGGGAAGCCACUACAUCCAGCUGUUGUUGGCAGACGCAAUUCAAUGAAAUCGAUUCAGUUAUAGUUGUUAUUACCAUUACUGCAUUUUUAAGACACUGUAUCAACUACUUAUUGUAUUCAAAUUUGUUAGCCAUAAUCAUAUCACUAUAAUUUUCAAAGCAUAUGUAGUGUAUAUAUUAUAUUAUAUUAUAUAGAACGAUCUUUAAAAGGAAAAAAACCCCAUUAAACUUAAUUUGAAGAAGAUAGGGAUUACAUUACACUGUUGACAGUGUUGUUUUCAAUGAUACUUUCAAUUUAGUUGAAAUACCGUAUUUAUUCGAAUUAACGCCCCCUUUGACUAUACACCCCCCUCAAAUAGACUACACCUCCAGAGCCUCAUUUUGAAAAUUCCUCCCUCCAAUAACUACCCUGGGCCGUAUAUAUUUUUUCCUCGAACAAACAUCCCCCUAAAUGACUAAUUGAAAAAAAAAAGUGGGGGGGGGGGGGGGGGAGAGGUGGGCCCUUUGUAACAAUAGCUGCCCUGGGUGUGUUUAAUCAAAUAAAUAUGGUAUUAAAGAAAAUUAUAUUAAUGAAAUGCAGCUGAAUGCCAAUGUUACUUUAAUUACUUAUUAAUUAAUGUGAUAAUAGUAUACAGUCAGUAUUUUGAAUCAAAAGUAAAUAUGAGAAAAAAACAUGAGACUUAUAUGAACUGAAAUUAUUAUUUAUGAUAAUGUGAAAAUGAAAAAGAAACAUGAUGAAAAAUAAGAUUUGAAUUAGGAAUAAAGGUGGGCUACUCACAUAAAUUAAAAAUCAUUGGUAGAGAAUAUAUAAAAAAAAAAAACAAAACUAUUUAAUUAUUUUUGAUAUACUGUAGUUGAUUCUCUUGUAUAUUUCUUGACUCGGCCAUCACAAAUGUUAUUUAUAGCCAUAACAAUGGCAGGCCCAUUACCAGGGGGG